AAGGCUUUGUGGGGAUUGUAGACCAACUCCGUCCGGGUCAACUCUGUAGCUGCUCAACCUGGUAUGAGAUGUGAUGCUUUGGAGGAAAAUAAACGCGUUUUUGUGAGAGAAAAAAACAACAACAACAUGGAAAUUCACUUCCUGCCAAGUUUGCUGGUGUUGUCUUUCAUAGCCACCGCUUUCGGCGACGGUGGUGAGCUGACGUUAGUUCAGGAGUUGUCUUCCAAGCCGGCCCAGAAGCUAUCAAGAUACGGUUGGUAUGGCAACAUCAGGCUGACCAUGUUCCAUAUCCCGGACGACACCGUCGUCGCCCGCUGGCUGUUCACUGUGACCAGGGGCGGCGGUUUCAACUGUGGAACACACAACGUCACCAUGUACAUGCGUUGGGGAGCUCCUCCAGUCAUUGACCCAGUAGGACGGCUGUUUCCUAACAACACUGUGACAGCACCAGUCCUCUCGCUCAACCUGCCCAUGACAUCAUCACAAAGCAACACAACCUUUAACCUCUCUAACCCCGCCCCCGGAGACUGGUACCUGGCGGCUCACCUGCCCCGAGACGAUGGACGCAUCGAACACAAGGGAUUCCCGUCCUGCUCUUACCUCUUCCAGCCCCAGUUGUCAGUCAGGAGAGCAGUGGACACACCCAUCCUCCAGGCCACGCCCCUUACCCAGAGCGCCUCCCCCGGCAGACCUGCACGACUCAGGGUGUUUGUUCCAGAGUUCGUGUCGUCUCUCUCGGUGUCUGUGAGUGGCUGUACCUGGGAGGAGGGACUUGUGAACGGAGACUGUUCAUUGUCCCUCACGCUGGGCUCCUCCUCCCCCCAGGGGGGGCUUGUGAGGGUGAACUGUUCUCUGAUUGGCUGCUCGGCCGUUCUCCUCGCUCCCCCAUGGAAUACUUGGAUACGAGUCACCGUGGAUAGUUACCAUAGCAACCGAACCACAGCCUUCAGCAUCUCAGUCAACUACACAGUGGGUUGUAAGCCUCAGAGCGUGGGUAUGUCUGGAGACGAUUACAUUAACAGGCUCCAUGGCAACAGCAGCACGACAACAUCACCAGGCACCGGUUCUGUGGUUGCCGAGGCAGGUCGUCAUAACAACGUGUCGUCGGAGUGUGUGUGGAGUGUCCCGGUGCUCCGUGAGGAACUAGACGUUCUGUCUGUCCGGUUCUCUCCCAUUAAUGGACCUAAUGUAACAGUCACACACACACACCCCACGCUCCUCACCUACCCCCUCAACACACAGUCUACUGGAGGGACCUUGAACCUGGAGAUUACACUCAACACUACUAAUGCAACGUUAGGAAACAGCAGUGUGAUGGCCUGUCUCUCUUCCUGGGCUCCUGUCCUCGCACUCAACUACUCCCAUCCCUGUCACACAGGAUGGUUCUCAGCCGUUGGGUUGAGUGUGAACGUCAGUGUUCCUGGGACCGUCAUCAGACUUCCCUUCCCUCAAGCUGCUACCUGGUACCUCACCUUACAACUCUUCUGCAACAGUAGUGACUGUGGUAAUGUGACAGUAACACCACAGCUCCAUGUAUCAGCCUGUAUCGAGGACUGUGGGACCUAUGGAGAGUGUCGACUGUUGAGGUCCUUCAGCUAUCUCUACGCUGCCUGUGUCUGCAAAGCCGGUUGGAGUGGGUGGGGCUGUACUGAUGACAUCACAGCCCAGUCGUACGGUCGUCAGCUGACAGCAGUUCUACUGCUCACGCUCAGUAACCUCCUCUUCAUCCCGCCAAUCGUCAUCGCUGUCCGACGCUGUUACAUCACUGAGGCCUCUGUCUACCUAUUUACCAUGUUCUUCUCUACUUUCUACCAUGCAUGUGACCAGCCAGGUUUAACAGUGAUGUGUAUCAUGGAUUACGACACUCUCCAGUACUGUGACUUCCUGGGUUCAGUCUGUUCUAUCUGGGUCACUGUUCUCUGCAUGGCCCGAGUCAGAGACACAUUCAAACACAUGUUGUUCAUGCUCGGUACUCUGCUGAUAGCGAUGUCCAUGCAGCUGGACCGGAGAGGACUGUGGAACAUGCUGGGACCCAUCCUCUGUGCUGUACUGGCCAUGGUGACCUCCUGGGUGUAUCGAGGGCUGAAGAGGAAACAGUGCUACCCCCCCUCUUGGCGGCGUUGGGUACUGUUUCUCCUCCCAGGCCUGGCCUCAGCGCUGGUCGGUGUGUGUGUGUACGUGUUUGCUGAGACGGAGGACAACUACCUGUACACACACUCUCUAUGGCACGUCCUGGUUGCCUCUAGUGUGGUGUUCCUUCUGCCUCCCAGAGAGACAGACUCCAUGAACACCUGGAGCCCUGGAGUCUGUGGUUACACACUCUGUCACAGCACCAAGGAGGAACUAUAUACUGUCACUUGACCUCUGACCCUGGACCUGUGGAGACCAACACUGUCACAUAGGUUUAAGGCUGUGACCAUACCAGUAUUGACAGAUUUGUUUUCCAUGGCAAAAAUGAAUAUCUGAAACAGACAACUCUUUUGUCCUUUAAUAACCUGCUGGAUGUAAAAUCUAGUGUUUUAUAGCCUGGAAAAACAUUAAUGAAACAUAAUGAUGUUUAAUAACCCGCUGGAUGUAAAAUCUAGUGUUUUAUAGCCUGGAAAAACAUUAAUGAAAACAUAAUGAUGUUUAAUAAAUGCUGGAUGUAAAAAUCUAGUGUUUUAUAGCCUGGAAAAAAUGAAUGAAAACAUAAUGAUGUUUAAUACCCCGCUGGAUGUAAAAUCUAGUGUUUUAUAGCCUGGAAAAACAUUAAUGAAAACAUAAUGAUGUUUAAUAACCCGCUGGAUGUAAAAUCUAGUGUUUUAUAGCCUGGAAAAACAUUGAUAAAAACAUAAUGAUGUUUAAUAACCCGCUGGAUGUAAAAUCUAGUGUUUUAUAGCCUGGAAGAACAUUAAUGAAAACAUAAUGAUGUUUAAUAACGAGCUGGAUGUAAAAUCUAGUGUUUUAUAGCCUGGAAAAACAUGAAUGAAAACAUAAUGAUGUUUAAUAACCCGCUGAAUGUAAAAUCUAGUGUUUUAUAGCCUGGAAAAACAUUAAUAAAAACAUAAUGAUGUUUAAUAACCCGCUGGAUGUAAAAUCUAGUGUUUUAUAGCCUGGAAAAACAUUAAUGAAAACAUAAUGAUGUUUAAUAACCCGCUGGAUGUAAAAUCUAGUGUUUUAUAGCCUGGGAAAACAUUAAUGAAAACAUAAUGAUGUUUAAUAACCCGCUGGAUGUAAAAUCUAGUGUUUUAUAGCCUGGGAAAACAUUAAUGAAAACAUAAUGAUGUUUAAUAACCCGCUGGAUGUAAAAUCUAGUGUUUUAUAGUCUGGAAAAAUAUUAAUGAAAACAUAAUGAUGUUUCCAAUAUUAGUGCUGUUUUCCUAAAGAAGUUACAUCCUCUUGGUGUUUCCUUGAUACUAUGAAGUAAUACUGGUGUGGUCCCAGCUCUGCUCGCUGUGUGUGUGUGUAUAUAAUCCUGGUGUGGUCCCAGUAUGUAUAUAUAUAUAUGACAUAUAUUUCUGGUUAAGGAUAUGAAUGUUUUCAUAAUAAUAUAUUUAUAUGACAUCACUGCCUGCUAAUCCAUCAUGUCUUGCCCCUCCCUCUUCCUCCUUUCCUCCUCGUCCUCCUCUAGUUUAGAUUCACUACUAGAUAGAGGAGGACUGCUAGUAAAAUCAGGGGUGAGUGUAAUUAACUUGCAGAAACAGAAGUGUUUCGGGCCUCCAGAACCAGAACUGAACAGCCCUGAGUAAAGAAUAGUGCCAGAUUCUAGCAAUUAAGAUGUUUUUUCUCAUUGAUACAAUUUAUUUCUCUGUGUGUAGUUUUGAGGAGGUUAAAAGUUGUUUCACGAGUCAAUGCUAACUAGCAUUAGCAGAAUGAGUGGAAGUCUACCAGCACAGCUACAACCUGUAGACUGACGUUAUCUGUCUCGAUUCAAACACUGUAAUGGUAUAUUUACUCAAAGGAACCCUUUCCCUUGAGCAAGGCAGUUUACCCCCAACAACAACUGCUCCCUGGGUGCCGAUGUUGUGGACGUUGAUUAAGGCAGCCACCCCCCCGCACCUCUGAUUCAAAUGGGUUAAAUGCAUUCAGCCCCACCCCGCACCUCUGAUUCAAAUGGGUUAAAUGCAUUCAGCCCCCCCCGCACCUCUGAUUCAAAUGGGUUAAAUGCAUUCAGCCCCCCCGCACCUCUGAUUCAAAUGGGUUAAAUGCAUUCAGCCCCCCCCCCGCACCUCUGAUUCAAAUGGGUUAAAUGCAUUCAGCUGUACAACUGACUAGGGUUCCCUUUCCCACACCUCAAUGGGCCCUGUUCCAAUUCUAUAUCCUCCCUCCAUUCCUUACUCCCUUCCUUCUCCUUAAAGCACUUUAAUGACUAAUGACUAAGUGUAAUAAUGUAAUUUUAAUGACAUCUAAAUGUAAUUUGUGUAGAGGUCUUUCUCUGAAUGUGUAUUUUGAAACAAAUCAGAUGGUGUAUCCAGUGCCUCUCCACUCUCUGUUCUGCAAGACCAGUUCCACCAUUCUUCUUAUCCUCUGGUCAUACUGCUUUUAUUUCACAAUGAUAUUGAGUUAGAAUGAAGCAUUUUAAUGUUCUGGUGUUGGGUUAAUAAUAAUGUUUUUAUGUUCUGAAAGAGUUUUUGAUCCCUCAUGAUCACAUGUUAUGUUAAUGAGAUGUUAAUGUAAUGUUUCUGAUAUGGUAAAUAUAGGUACAUUUUCAUGGGA